AUGAAGUACUCCUUCGCCGUCGCUCUUAGCACUCUCGUGCUCGGCAUCGCCGCCGCCCCCGCCGCCAACGGCGCCGCCAACAGCAACGGCAACGGCAUCGCCCACGCCGAGCGCGGCUACUUCGACUUCCUCCACCACGCCGCCCGCGCCGAGAAGCCCAGCAAGACCAGGUCCGCCAAGAGCCCCAAGAAGACCAAGCCCAGCAAGACGCGAAACCCGGGCUCCAUCAUCACCUCGGCCCCCGGCGCCCCCGGCAACGGCACCGACAGCUACGGCAUCCGCGCCAGCAACGGCACCGCCCCGGCCCCCGGCGGCGGCCUCCCCGCCUCCUCCGGCACCUCCGUCCUGAAGGCCGCCCAGACCGUCGCGGCCGGCGAGUCCUUCGACGGCGGCAUGGUCGCCUUCGACCGCGGCGUCUCCUGCACCGGACAGGCCGAGGGCGGCGACUCGGACGCCGUCUUCAUCCUCGAGAAGGGCGCCAAGCUCUCCAACGUCAUCAUCGGCCCCAACCAGAUCGAGGGCGUCCACUGCAACGGCGGCUGCGCCCUCGACAACGUCUGGUGGUCCGCCGUCUGCGAGGACGCCUUCACCAUCAAGCUGCAGGACGCCGGCGAGACCACCACCAUCACCGGCGGCGGCGCCUUCGGUGCCGACGACAAGGUCCUCCAGCACAACGGCGGCGGCACCCUCUCCGUCAGCGGCUUCACCGUCGAGACCUUUGGAAAGCUGUACCGCAGCUGCGGCAACUGCAAGACCAGCGCCGAGCGCCACGUCAUCUUUGACGGCAUCAACGCCUCCUCCGGAAAGCUCCUUGCUGGCAUCAACUCCAACUUCGGCGACACCGCCACCUUCAAGAACGUCGUCGCCAAGAGCGUCAAGGAGAUCUGCACCGAGUUCAAGGGCACCACCCCCGGCAACGAGCCCUCCGAGGUUUCCUCCGGCCCCUCCGCGGCCUGCAUCUACUCUACCUCCGACGUCACCAGCUCUUAA